GUUCAUUGUUGAUAUGCCUGAACCGGCUAAAUCCGCUCCUGCCCCGAAGAAGGGCUCCAAGAAGGCGGUGACCAAGGCCCAGAAGAAGGACGGCAAGAAGCGAAAGCGCAGCCGCAAGGAGAGCUACUCGGUCUACGUGUACAAGGUGCUGAAGCAGGUCCACCCCGACACCGGCAUCUCGUCCAAGGCCAUGGGCAUCAUGAACUCGUUCGUCAAUGACAUCUUCGAGCGCAUCGCGGGCGAGGCGUCGCGCCUGGCGCAUUACAACAAGCGCUCGACCAUCACCUCCAGGGAGAUCCAGACGGCCGUGCGCCUGCUGCUGCCUGGGGAGCUGGCCAAGCACGCCGUGUCGGAGGGCACCAAGGCUGUCACCAAAUACACCAGCUCCAAGUAAAUGUGGUUGUAGCCACCGUUAAACCCAAAGGCUCUUUUCAGAGCCACUUAAAUUGUCAUUUAAAGAGUUUGAACACGUUCUAGUUCCAGACUUGCUUUGCUGGAAAUUUUCCCUAAGCACAGUUUGACACCUCAAGUUUUA